AAUAAUAUUGCUUCACUUUCACAAUAUUGUUUUUAGUUUUGCCUUACUGCGGGUGAAUUCGACCCACAAACCGGAGUAAACCACUUCCAGCGAGUCUGCCGGACCCGGAUCGUCGAUAAUGCGAUAAAAUUUCGCCCACCGUAAGACAGUGAAUAGUGCACAACACACACACACAACACGAAGCCAUGGAACCUCCGUACACCUACUUACAGGUGGAUCUGCAAGAGCACCCAGCCCCGAUGGAGAUUCCGCCGUCGUUCAGCAUAGAGGACUUCAACCUGUACUACCAGCACGCGUACAAUCCGUACUCGGAGUACGACAAGAAUGCCUUCUACGCGAACCAAAUGUCAGCCGCCGGUGGGCCAGGUGUUGCGCGAAACUCCUUCCAGAAGCAUCCCAAGGGCGUCAGUGGCAGCACCAAGCAUCAGCAGCAACAUCAGCAGCACCAGCCGCAGCAGCCUGUACCUCCGCCGCCGCCACCGCACCAGCAACAGCAUCAUCAACACCACAGCCACCAGCACCAGCACCACCAUCCGUCGGCUCAGGGGCGCAGUGGGACGAAAGAGAAAAAGAAUGCGCCAGCCCCAACCAAUAACCCAAACCAACCACAACAGCAGCAACAACAGCAGCAGCAGCAGCACCAACAGCCAGACACGAAGCAGCAUCCGCAUUCGUUUACCGUGCCCGAACCGCAGCACCCACCACCAGCAGCGACACCGCUGCAGGCUGAAGGCAAAGUGACGAUCAAGUCACUGAUCCGAGCGAAGCACACCCUCCAGCAGCGCAUCAAGCGCCAGAACGAGACACCGGAGCAGAAGGCGCUCCGGAGGCAGCGGAACGCCGAGCUUAACCGAAGGCGCCGCCAAAACAAGGAGGACAUACGGGUAACGAUCGAGAAGGCGAAGAACCGGUUGCGGCAGCGGAUAAAGCGCGAAAUCGAUCGGAUGCUGCGGACACGCCAGAAGCGCGACGACUUUCUGCGCGAAACGUUCGAGCAGAUGGCGGCCGUGUUCUCCGACUCCGAUAUGCUACUGUACCAGGACCGGGUGGCGAACGUCAUUCGGGACAUUUCCAACAUAGAGUUUCCGAAGUCAGAAACCGGCGGCAGCACCUAAAGCGCCGGUGUACAGCAAGUGUUGAGCACUGUUCCGGGACGGUCCCGACAGCCGACACCGAGAAUAGCGGCAGAUAGUGCGCAGAUGAGUGAACAAAUGAGUAG